GGUCAGUGCGACUCCCAGCUACGUCAACUAUCAAACAAGACAACAACAAGUAAAGUUGGACCAUUAAUCACAAACAGCGAGCUUUAAAAUGAGUGAACCGAGAAGUCGGACUGCACGGCACCAAGUUGACAAACUUUAACCAACGAUCAGCCUCAAUCCGUCUGCAAGCCUCAUGACAGACAGACUUUUAUUGUCCUAGCUCGCUGGCUAACGUUAGCUAUUUGUUUGGUGAGUUCACCGACAUGGCUACAAGAGAGGUUUCUUUUCGGCAGAAGUACCGUCAGACCCCGGCGAGCAUUAAGCAGGAGCAGGAUGACGACUCGGACCCGGAGGAGACUCAGCUGGGGCUGAGGAGGUCAGACGGGCUGGAGUCACAGAUCAUCCACAGCGGACACUUCAUGGUGUCCUCGCCCCACAGCGAGCACCCCCCGAAGAAAGGAUACGACUUCGAUACUGUCAACAAACAGACCUGUCAGACCUAUCAUUUUGGCAAGGCGAGCACGUCCCACUUCUCCAUAGACGCUUCACUGACUAAACUCUUUGAGUGCAUGACUCUGGCGUACAGUGGUAAGUUGGUGUCUCCCAAAUGGAAGAACUUCAAAGGUCUAAAACUGCUAUGGAGAGACAAGAUUCGCCUCAACAACGCCAUAUGGAGAGCCUGGUAUAUGCAGUAUGUGGAGAAAAGGGAGAAUCCUGUCUGUCACUUUGCAACUCCCCUUGAUGGAAGUAUGGACUUGGAUGUCAAUCGUCCUACAGAGGGCAUUGCCACAGAGGGGAAAUGCUGGAAAAGAAGAAUUGAAAUCGUCAUAAGAGAAUACCACAAGUGGAGAACAUACUUUAAAAAAAGGUUACAGAAGCACAAGGAUGAUGACCUCUCAAGCUUGCUUAAGGGGCCAGAGGAGCAGUUGUUGCUGUUCGGGGAAGUCUCUCCAGACAUGCUCCGUGUCUCCUUUCUUCAGGAUGAAGAGACUGCCGCACGCCGUGUGCCUCGUAAAAAUUAUGACACACCCGCCCCAAUGGAGAUGGACCCCCUCUUUGACAUGGAUGUUCUGAUGUCUGAGUUUUCAGACACGUUGUUCUCUACGUUGUCCUCGCACCAGCCUAUAGCCUGGCCCAAUCCAAGGGAGAUUGCUCACGCAGGGAACGCAGACAUGAUCCAACCAGGACUCAUCCCUCUACAACCCAACCUAGACUUCAUGGACUCCUUUGAUCCACUGCAAGACUUAUUUCACAGCCUCCGUCAGCCCGCCUUCCCCUCUGUUUCACCCACUGCACCAUCUGUUACCCCUCUACCCAGCAGCAGCUCUCAGUCACAGGCCCAGUUAUUGCCGUCCAUGCUCACAAGCAACCACAUCUCCCCUCCUGGCCCACUGCCCAUCCCUUCUCCCAUGGCCAGUCAAGCCAGUCGAACAGCUGCUGAUGGCGCCUAUGUACAAAACUACAUUUCUCUGUUUCCUGGGCAGGUGGCGUCCAGUGAUCAAGCCGUAGCUUCCUCAGUCUCUCAGCCGUUAUCCCAUGUUCCUCUAGCACAAUAUCUCCAAGGAAGGGACAUGGCGUCAGCAGCACCCAUGGUUCCCUCACCCUUGGACCACAACUCAUCGCUGGAGGAGACUGUAGCACCAUCUGUGAUCACACACACAGCCUCCUCUACUGUCACACCCAGCGACGCUGCCACCACCUUCAGCCACGCCUCAGAGUACUGCUCCAUAUCCACACAACCUCCACCUCCUCCUUCCCAGCUCCAGCCCUUGGCUCCAUUACCUGCUGCUUCCGUCCAGCACCCUCAGACUUUUGCCCUGCCUCGCCCCUUUCAGUCACCCAGUGCCAACAAAAACCCCCCUGUGCAAAGGAUUGCUAACACCCUCCCCCCGUCCCACCUCAUCCUCACAGCUCCUUUCCCAGCUCAUGCCGGUGCUGUGAUUGUUACACCAACACCUCUGAAAGCGGAGCAUGUUGUCCAUAAUACAGGAGUGGUCAUCGCUUCUCCUCAACUUCGAGGGACGAAGAAAUCUCCCAAACCGAUUGUCCCCAAAGAAAAGUCUUAUUCUUCCAGCCUCAAAAAUCAGAAAGCCUCCCCAAGUGUUGUUCCCAGUCAGCCAGGAUCAGGGCAAGGAUCACCAUGUCAGCUAGAUCAAGUCCCUAGUCCCCAGUCACUGAUCUGCAGCAGCAGUGCACCUCUGAUAAAGAAUGAACAAAAUCAGAGCCGGAGGAUAACGUACAUAUCUGCUGAGCAAAAGAGACGAUCAAACAUAAACAUUGGCUUCAAAACACUCUGCAACCUGGUUCCCACUCUGAAGUCACAAUCAAAUAUCAGUAAUGCAGUCACUCUGCAGAAGACAGUGGAUCACAUUGGGAAGCUCCAACAGGAGAGACAGCAGAUGCAGGAAGAGAUCAAGAGACUACGAGAGGAGAUAGAGGAGCUAAACACCUCCAUUAACUCGUGUCAGGAACAGCUGCCUGCGACAGGGGUGCCCGUCAGGCGGCAACGCCUCAACCACAUGCAGGAGAAGUUUAAUGAAUACGUGCAGAGCCGCACACUGCAGAACUGGAAGUUCUGGAUUUUCAGCAUCAUUAUCAAACCUCUCUUUGAGUCAUUCAACGGGAUGGUGUCCACUACAAGCAGAGCGGAGCUGUGCCAGACCACACUGCAAUGGCUCGAUCGUCACUGCUCCCUCCCAGUGCUCAGACCAAUGGUGCUGAGCACCCUUCGCCAGCUGAGCACGACCACGUCCAUUCUCAGUGAUCCAUCCCUGCUACCUGAAGAAGCCAUCCAGGCAGUCAUGCACACAAAUGUGUAGCACGGAGAGGAGGUGAGGUGACCCAGAAGCCACCUGAACCCUUCAACAGCAGUCAUCAAAACAACAUAUCACUAGUUUACCUUUUAUAGCCAUGCAGCAAGGACACAACGUCUUCCACGGAUCCACAACUCCCCUUAAAUAUUAAAUGAAAUGAUAAAUGCAAGCUGGCUCACUGUUACUCUGUAUGUACAAUGGUUGAACAUUUGUUUACAGGGAGCCCCACCUUUGAUGUUACACUUGUAACAAUUGUGCAAAAAUGGCUUUUAUCAUACUAUAUUUUAAUGAUAGCAACUACUGGAGCCCCUCUUAGUAGUUUAUCUGAAGGUGGUACUGGUUGUUUGCUUUCUGAACAACAAUAUAUAUUUAAAUUACUUUUAUAAUGUAAAAACACAACAUUGUGUCAAAAAGGGAAAUAUUGAGUGAGUGUUCUUUUUGUGUUCUCCCUCAGCUGUAUACGUUGUUUGGAAAGGAUGUUUUUCUCUCAAGGAGAUAAAUGUGGGAUUUUUUUAAGAACUAGCCAGCAGUAUAGUUUUUCCUUUUUGGAGGCUCUGAAACCUCUGACAAAGGCUUUUGAUGAGAAUGUAGAGGACCACCUGAAACAUGGUGAAGGUGAUCACUCCUGGACCCAUCUGUGCUUGAGGUCCAGUGUGUAGGAUUUAGUGGGAUACAUUGGCUGAAUUGAAAUAUAACACAAUUAGUAUGUUUUCUUUGGUUUAAAACGACCUAAAACUAAGGAUCACAGCAUUUUCGUUACUAUAGAAUUAGCUGUUUAUAUCUACAUAGGAAGAAGGCUGGGACACGCUCUCUGACCUCAUGGGAGAUUUGGGGUAUGACGCAUGCGCAGUGUACCGGGGGCUGCGAUGUCACAACAGACAGCGCUAGAAUCGACAGAGUCAGCUCAGAUACUAUUUCAAGCCUCCAUGGGUGAGCUCCGCUUGACAGAGCUUUUUGGGUACACUCAGUGUAAUGUUUUAAAUAUAUUCCAACCCAAGGCAGACCGCAGAUGCCACAGUAUAACGAAUAAGUCCUCCCCCAUGUCCUGUGAGAGUGCCAGCAGUUGAGCCUCUAUGAUUUUAUUGUGCAACACGGAUUCUUAACUUGAAACAGCUUUAUUCACUGUUUUAACCUUUUUUUAAUCACUGGGUUUGUUUGUUUUGGAGAGGAGGAGACUGUGGAUAAUCUGACUCUCACUAAACAAAAACCUCCUGAACAUCUGGAUCUUAAGUUGUUAGAGAAAAAAAGGUGAGCACACAUUAGCAGGUGUUGGGCUGGCAGCUCACCUGUGACGAGUCAAACAGGCGCGGAAAUACAGAUUUGUAACAUGAAACUGCUUUAUUCAGUGUUUAUACCUUUUUUAAUCACAGCGUUUGGGUUUUUUUUGGAGAGGAGGAGACGUCUGCUGCUAACUCAGCUCCUGGUAAAAUCUCAUGUACAAUGAAUACUGAAGGAUUCCUCACGGGGAGUUCAUGCUUAGCACUUAAGUGAAGUUUAAGUUGGUUUGAAUCUGCAAUCCUCACUGCUAGAUGCUUCUAAAUCCUACACACUGGUCCUUUAAAUAGUACUAUAUGCUGUAUUUUUUUCCAUCUAUCAUUUACUCAGGUGAAUGUUAUUUUGCCAGUUGACAAUAGUGGUUUCUUGGUGGUUUUCAUCCAUGCUGAAAAUCUUCCUUCAUACUUUGCUUGCUCUGCCCAUUUCCAGUGAGUUCAACUGCAAAUUAUACACAUCAUUUAUAUGUUGCGUAAAUGGGUUUCUACCGGGCAGUACACAGCAUCAUGGAGCGAUAUUACUUUACAGCCCUCAUAGGGAGCAUUAGAGAAAUAGCAGCACAGAUUAUAUAUACAGUAUACUAUAUUCACAUGUACAGUGUUACGAGAGCUUAGCUUAGAUGUAAGGGUCUUUCCUGUUCUUUGUUGGUCACUCAGGGCUGCAAAAUUAUUUUCCAUUCAGCGAUGAACAAAUUGAAUCAGGGUCUCUCUCAGCAGGAAACCACGUCUAUAAGGGUAAAGGUCACAUGGGUGGAUUUUGUUCUGCUCAUAGUUGCACAAAUUUAAGUUUAAUGUUAAUGACAGAGCAAACAACCAGACUGUCGUGUGAAAAGACACAGCUCACAGAAACAGUCCAAAAGCCAUAUUAAAGAGGAGUUUACCCAUCCAUUCAUUUUUGUUACUGACAUAUUUGACAAAGCGCUCAGUUGACUGCUUGAGAAUUAGACACUGUGCAGAUUUAAUCAGCAUGUCUCAUGUACUUCAGCCGAAAGGUUAAAUAAAGUGCCCUUACUCUUGAUCUCUGCACACUGAUUAGUCUUUUUUUUGAGGCACUCCUCAGGCUGACGUGUUUUUACUUUUUUUUUCAUGCAGAACAACUCUGUUUACUCUGAGUUUUAUGGUAGCGGUUGACACCACUAAUAGUUCUUAUCUGAUGAAUGUGCAGCUUUUUUUGUGAAUCAUUGUGGAUUGCAGAUGUCUUUUAUUGGGCAAUUGUACUUUCUUUUUUUUUUUUUUUUUUACAAAUUAUUUAGCCGUUGAUGUACAGGCUGCUCAUUUUACAAUAAGAGGGGACAAGCAGUUAUUACAAUUCAAUACAGUGAUGCAAGCAGGUCUAUUUAACUUAAGACAGAAAGCCCCGCUGCAUCUUGGCAUUUGUGUGUGUGUUUAUUUCAAUCAUCCUCUGAUUUUAAAAUGUUUGUCAUACCAAGUUGAAUUUCGAAACUUUUGUUUGCUGUUCUUGUGAGGGGGUUUUGUACCUGAUGAUGUACAGUAUAUCAUUGCAGAUUGGAUCUGCCCACAUUGGUUCUCCCCAAAUUUAGUGUUGCAUUUCAUUUGUUUUAAGAUGUUUUCUAUGUGUUGCAUCUGAGUUUUGUUUGUUCUGUUCCAAAUGUCAUCAUGCAACACAUUUUAAAAUGCCUUAAAUGAUUCUGAAUCACAAUAAAAUCAACCAAAAUGAAAA